AUGGAUCAUGCGGAUGAGGAGGUCCAUGAACAGCCUGAUGAAGCAGUUGGUGUUGAUGUGCCGACUAAUGCCGAGGGUUUUCCAGGCGGACCCCACAACACAUCAGUGUUGCAAGACUAUGUUUAUCAUGUGCCCACAAAAGUUUGGAGUGGAGAGGAACGUCCUGAGCUGAAAUUAUGCUCCCAUGGAAGAAAGGUGGAGAAGUUUGCCAAGCCUGUCCUUGAGAUCGAAGGCUUAGUGGCUGCCACAGGAUUAAGUCCUCUGAUCACAUGUUUGCUGGACACUAGUGAUCGGGGACUUAUGUUUGCUUUCGUGGAGAGGUGGCAUAAGGAAACCAGUAGUUUCCAUCUGCUAGUAAGAGAGGUGACUAUCACCUUGAAUGAUGUGGCCUCAUUGCUGCAUUUGCCUAUUACAGGCACAUUCCAUAGUUUUGAGUCUCUUCAUGUGGAUGAUGACAUCUUGCUGCUAGUGGAAUUGCUUGAAGUAAGUGGUGAAGAGGCACGAGUUGAGACAGUACAAUGUCAAGGGGCAUAUGUUCGACUUUCCUGGCUGCGAGACAUAUAUCGAAGCAAAUGUGAUGCAACACAGUGGACACCCGUAGCUUGUGCGUAUUUGUUGCACCUUCUUGGUUGCAUACUCUUUGCUAACAAGAGUGUGACACGCAUUCAUGUGGUAUUCUUGGACGCAUUGAGGGACUUGACGCAGACUGGAAGCUACGUAUGGGGAGUUGUUGCACUAGUGCAUUUGUAUGACAAUCUGAAUGAUGCGUCAAAGAGCACGACCAGACAACUUGCAGGAUACAUCACACUUUUAUAG